AUGAUGUAAUGAAGUAAAAGAAGAGUAAAGAUGGCGGAGAAUAGCGGCACGGAUCCUGCCGUGGAGACUAACACUGAGGAAAAUGCCGCCGCUAGCGCGACUAUCAUUAAGGUCACCGUCAAAACACCGAAGGAUAAAGAAGAAAUAGCCAUCGCUGAGGACUCAUCUGUCGCACAGUUUAAAGAGGAAAUCUCCAAAAGAUUUAAGGCGAAGCAGGACCAGUUGGUUCUGAUUUUUGCCGGUAAGAUCCUGAAGGACGGAGACACGCUCGGCCAGCAUGGCAUUAAAGACGGACUCACGGUUCACCUGGUCAUCAAAACCGCACAAAAGAGUUCAAGUGGUAGUUCGCAGACAUCUGCUUCUUCUGGCCCUGGACCAUCACAGGGUAACACAGCUGAAACCGCUAACCCCAGCCCGGCCAGCAACCUGGGCACUCCCGAGAGCAGUGGGCCGUCCCCAACCCCGACACAGCCACCCAAUAUACUAGCUGGGUUUGGUGACCUCUCGGGCCUGGGUAACCUUGGGAUGGGAUCUGCCAACUUCAUGGAGCUUCAGCAACAGAUGCAGCGACAGCUCAUGUCCAACCCUGAGAUGCUGUCUCAGAUCAUGGAGAACCCGCUUGUGCAAAGCAUGAUGUCCAACCCUGACCUGAUGAGGCAGAUGAUAGUGGCAAAUCCACAGAUGCAGCAACUAAUGGAGCGCAACCCAGAGAUUUCACACAUGCUUAACAACCCAGAGCUCAUGAGACAGACGAUGGAGUUGGCACGAAACCCAGCCAUGAUGCAGGAGAUGAUGCGUAACCAGGACCGGGCGCUUAAUGUGCCUCCUGAGAACCCUCCGCCCUCAGGCCAGAGCCCGGCCCCGGCCCCCACCCCCGCUGCUGGGACAAACACCGCUCAGCAGCAGCUCAUGCAACAGAUGCUACAGAUGUUUGCUGGAGGGAAUGCAUCGGAUUGGAAACAUGGUGAAUCCUGUAGUGAAGUUUGA